AUGGUGCUCCACGUGAACACCAGCCAGCAGAAAGGACGACGACAAGUCGAGGCGGCUGACCACAUGGUGACGGGGGCUUCUUGGAGCCAGUUGGGGCAGGACAUCGAUGGCGAAGCCGGAGACGAUUACAGUGGCCAUUCGGUGUCGCUGAGCAGCGACGGCAGCCGCAUGGCCAUUGGACAUGGGGCAACGGCUGGUUUGGGUCAGAAUCUGGUGGGGCAUAACAUCGAUGGCGAAGCCGCAGGCGAUGUGAGUGGUCAUUCGGCGUCGCUGAGCAGCGACGGCAGCCGCGCGGCCAUUGGGGCACGCGAAAACGACGGUGCUGGGUCAAUGUCUGGUCACGUUCGCGUCUUCGGGCUCUCUGGCAACACUUGGAGCCAGUUUGGGGAGGACAUCGAUGGCGAAGCCGCACUCAAUCAGAGUGGCUGGUCGGUGUCGCUGAGCAGCGACGGGAGGAGCCGCGUGGUCAUUGGAGCACCCGAAAACGACGGUGCUGGGUCACGUUCUGGUCACGUUCGCGUCUUCGAGGCGGCCACUUGGAGCCAGUUGGGGCAGGACGUCGAUGGCGAAGCCGCAGGCGAUAUGAGUGGCCAGUCGGUGUCGCUGAGCAGCGACGGCAGCCGCGUGGCCAUUGGAGCACACUGCAACGACGGUGCUGGGUCAGAGUCUGGUCACGUUCGCGUCUUCGGGCUCUCGGGCAACACGUGGAGCCAGGUGGGGCAGGACAUCGACGGCGAAGCCGGAGACGAUAAGAGUGGCCAGUCGGUGUCGCUGAGCAGCGACGGCGGCCGCGUGGCCAUUGGAGCACACGCCAACGACGGUGAUGGGGGAAAUUAUGGUCACGUUCGCGUCUUCGGGCUCUCUGGCAACACUUGGAGCCAGUUGGGACAGGGCAUCGAUGGCGAAGCCGCAGGCGAUAAGAGUGGCUGGUCGGUGUCGCUGAGCAGCGACGGCAGCCGCAUGGCCAUUGGAGCAUACCGUGCUGGGUCAAGUUCUGGUCACGUUCGCGUCUUCGGGCUCUCGGGCAACACGUGGAGCCAGUCGGGGCAGAACAUGGCGAAGUUUGAUACGAUUACAGACAUCGAUGGCGAAGCCUCAGGCGAUCCCAGUGGCUUGUCGGUGUCGCUGAGCAGCGACGGCAGCCGCGUGGCCAUUGGAGCAUACGGCAACGACGGUGCUGGGUCAAUGUCUGGCCACGUUCGCGUCUUCGGGCUCUCGGGCAACACGUGGAGCCAGGUGGCGCAGGACAUCGACGGCGAAGACCUGACCGGCGAGGCCGCCGCGGCGCGAGCGAGGAUCGCCGCGCUCGAGGGGGAGCUCUUCGCCAAGACCGCGAGGCUGGAGCACGAGCUGUCGCUGCACGCGGCGGCGGCGGCGGAGUCCAGGGCCCGCGCCGACGCCCUGGAGGCGGAGCUGCGGGUGGCCCAGGCCUCUGUCGGGCCUGCGCCGGAGGCAGAGUGCGACACGCUGAGGGCCGAGGUCGCCAGGCUGCAGCUGGAGCAGAGGGAGAGCGCAGAGAGAGAGAAGGCGCUCGAGGCCAAGGUGGCUGCCAUCGAGCUCGCGCAUUGCGAGCGACGAGCAGCCGCCUGCAGGCAGCAGGACAGGGAGAGGCUGGAGAAGGAGCGGGUGCACGCAGCGGAGGUGGACGCCUUGAAGGCUGGUCUAACCGCCAUGCAGGACGAGCUCGCGAAGACGAGGGAGGCCCUGGCGAGACACGCCAAGCUGGGUCUGCACGGCGCCCGCGGGGCGGCGGACGGCCCGCGCCGGGGGGGCCACGACGAGUCCGCGCCGCCCGGCCGGUCGCCAGCACCGUCCACGGCCUCGACGCCCGCCUCGGACGGCGAGGCGCGGAAGCAGUCCCACCUCGUGAGCAUCUCGAAGGUGGGCCUCAAGCCGAGCGGCCUCUCGGCCAGCGACAGGGUCAGCGACAUGGUGAGCGACAGGGUCAGCGACCGGGUGAGCGACCGCGACCACGAGAGCACCGAGGGGCCACCCACCGAGCAGGCGCACCUUGAGCGUCCGUCCUUCUCCGCCGUCGCGUUUGGCGAGGUCGCGCAGAAAGAUGCAUCGCACAACGCAGAGGCGAUCGACCUGGAGCCACCCAAGCGCCGAGCGUGA